AUGACCUCGUACCAGAACGGCACGGCGCAGAUCCCGGGCUGGAACGACUGUCCGGACACGAUGCUGAACCGGAGCCAGACUAGUCUGGCUGCGCGAGAUCCUGGCCUUGCAAACGACGCUCUCCGAGCGCGAGCUGGCGUACCACCGGGGCAAGCUGGAAAAGGCAACAGAAAACGAGGAGAACCUGAUUUUUGCCGGCGCCAUGGUCGACCUGAGCCGGCAAGGCGACCGGAAACUGCUGGAACAGAGCAUAUUGGAGUACAUGAUGGCCAAGCCAAACAGCAGCUGGUGCGGCUCGCUCAAGAAGGUGCUGGUGCAUGCCAAAAUAUGAGCAGGUCGUGGGCUUUUGAUGAACUUUCCGGGAUGCAAGCGAUUCGACAUGGUGAGGAGGUGGCUGACGAAUUUAGCGGUCCUGGCUACUGGAGCUGUAGUCAUGGGUUUGUAUGA